AUGGGCAACAACGCCAGUUCGUUGUCCGAAUUGAACCUCUUCUCGAAAGGCGGAGUCUUUACGAGAGAACAAUUAGAUGAAUAUCAGGAUUGCACAUUUUUCACAAGGAAGGACAUCAUUCGACUUUACAAAAGGUUCUAUGCACUCAAUCCACACAAAGUGCCGACGAAUAUGCAAGGCAAUCGACCUGCAAUUACGACGUUGACUUUUGAAGAAGUGGAGAAAAUGCCAGAGUUGAAACCUUUCGACUCUCUUCCUCAGUUGACAAGUGUUAUCAAAUACAAGAACUUUUGCUAA